CGAUGUUCAUGUGCGUGGCUGUUGGUUUUCAACCUCUUUCGAACAACACGGCAAUAAGUGAUCCGAUAUCGAAUGUCGAGUGUCGUCAUUUUCAACCCGCGAGGAGUGACUAAGGCAAUGAUCUACCAAGACCCUUGAAGAGACCAGAGUCUAGAAUGAAGGAUCUAUCACAUGUUGACCAAGAAGUAAGCGCUAUUACGACGACUCAUCCAACAGCUCUUGUAUAAAGGCAGCAUGAAGUCAAAAGUGCAAUGCAAAGAACCGAUAUCGAACCCAGUGUCUUUAUGCGUAGCACCAUCAUGGCUGAACAAACUGACAAAAACAACAAUACUGCUACGGAAUGCACCUUGCCACCUGGAAGCAGGCGCGUGGAAUAUGAAGAUCUAGAUCCCGCCCAAAAAGAACUCGAACAUAUCUUGGCGACCAUGAAACGUGACCCAACGGGCAUGGGCAUAAGCCAUCUUGGCCGAGACGGAAUCUAUCGAUCCCUCACCGCUGAUCGCGACGUUGUUGAUGCCGUUCCUUUCCCGCCACCUCUCGUCAAAGCAAUGCUUGAUCGCUUCCCAUACAACGAGGAAGCCGUAAAGGUAUUCCGCGGGGUUAAUGGGACCAACACGCCGAAAGAACAAUGGUACAAGCCUUUGCCAGGCAUUUUACCUCCACCACUUGAGGAAGAACAUCGUGAGGAAGCGAGAGAGGGGCAAGACGACUAUAGAAAUUGGUAUGAGGAGAGGAGGAAAAAGAUUGAAGCAGGCCUUUUUGUGAGAAGAGCAGCUUGUUUGAUGUCGGAUCAUGACCUCGGCCCAGAGGCAAUGACCACAAAAUAAGGGAGACAUCCGAAAUUGGUUGGCCGAUGUAGUAAGAGAGCUAAGUUUUGCGUGGUGAUAAUAAUCUCCCAGCCGUAUCAACUCUGGAUCACAGAUCUUAAAAAAACACGUCAGGCAGCAGACCAAUUACUCAAAUCGCUCUAGGUAAAUUGAUGAUGGGCUUAGAAAAGCUUGUGAUGGCUUUGGAAAGUUCAGGAUGAGAGUUGUAAGAUUUAGGAUGAAGACUUUGAAGUUGGGUGUUCAAAACUCCCCGUGUACCACAUGCACAACCUUCAUCAUCGAGAUUCAUAGACGCCUUAACUUGUAGGUACAGGCUUGCCGCUUGAAUACUGAGGUUGAUGGAGAUAGGGUCUAUCGGGUUAGCAAUGAGCAGCGCCUUCAACCGAAGGAUCAACUCGGUGGGGACGCAGAAGGCACCAAGAGGGAUGAAAGAUAUUGUCUAAUGGGUGUCGGACCUAUCGAAGACGUAGAAGUUGGCUAUUUCGAGGCUGCCGCCUUCGAUACUUGUAUGUUGGAGAACUCUGGGGGGAAGGUAUUAACAGCCUGGGUGGUGCUGCCGAACCGGCUUUUCCUCCAGAUCAAGUUUGUAUCUAAACUCCCUUGUUCUGCCUCCAAAGUACUUCUCGAUUUGAGCGAGGUUGCUGGGGAUAAGGCAUCCCUCUGAGAGAAUCGUACUUGAACCCGCAAGGGCCUGCGAGGGCUCCGACUUGAAGUUGAAGCUGGGAAGAACCAUCCUGGUACCCUUUAUUCUGACCGUCGUCCCUGCGGUUACUAAAUACCGGCUGGCAGUUAAUGGCCGAGAUGUCGA